AUGAAAGACAUUCAACGGCAGCUCCAGCUCGAGACAGCACCGAGUGUCGACGUUGAAGGCGUCAUCUUGAGCAGUCUCGACGUGGCUGCCGAGUGCUUGUCGCUCACAGAUGCCUUUGAGCAGUCCAAGAUGCGACGCAGCUACGAGAUGCACGUCAAAGAACUCAUCGACCGCGUCGGCAUGCACCGAAUGACGCUCCGCUUCCUUCCGCAGUACGAGGCUGUGUUUGCGCGCAUGUUGCACCGCGCAGCGCUACGGCGCAUCCGGUACACGCUCCUUCUCGGGUGCAUCAGUCUUGUGGGCAAAACGCUCUACACCCAGUGCAACGGCACGCCAGCGCCAGCGUCGGUCGUAUGGAUCGGGACCGGAUUCGCCUUGUCGGCCCUCGCCAUCGCGUUUGGCUGCACGUACCGCGAGGCCUGGACAGGCUACUGCGAGCUGUACACGUCGUUCGCGUUUGUCGUCGUCGCCGCCGAGCUCACGGUUCAAAAACUGCUGCUCCAUCACCCCGGCCCGAUCCUCGAGCUCUUCGUGUGCUUCAUCCCGAUCUUUGGUAUCACGCGUCUGCGCUUCGACGUCGCGUGGCGGGUCGUGGCCGCCACCAUCUCGACGCACCUCAUCGCGCUCCUCGCAGCGGGGCAAGAGACCGUGCCGGACAUUGGCUUCCAAGCGUUCAGCUACCUCGGUGGCAUUGUGGGCGGCGCCGUCGCGCACUACCGCGUCGAGGUGCUUCGCCGACGCAACUACACGCUGCACUUGCCGUUCUACCCGCGCGAGCUGUACCGCUACGAGAUCUUUAGCCAGUGCAAGGCGCCCGCGACAAGCAAGCACGCGCUCUUGCACCCGCUCACAUUGCAGUUUAAACACCCGGCGAUUGAAGCGACGUUCUACCGUCAUUGGUACCUCUUGGACGGAUCGCCGUUCGAGCCGCUCGACAAUCGGCGCCUGCACAAACACGCCUUCCACGCCAUUCGAUAUGCUGUCCAGAGCGUCCUCUUCCAGCAGCUCCUCCUCGCCAUCCAAGAUCGACAGUCGUUCCUUUCUUCAGAGCACGCGCAUUCUAAAACAUCGCGUAGGUAUUUGAUGGUGCCCGACACGCCUCUGUGGCCGUACCACGCGGCACUCGCCUUGCGCAUGACCGUAGUCGCCGCCUACUUUGGCGCCCAAGCGUGCAUGCACCGCCUCGGCCGCGCGUACUAUGAGACAUCCGCGCUGACCGGAUCGCCUGCCCUUUUGGAGGAUGCACCCGCGCUGCUUGAAGCUCCACCGCGUACGUACGUCCACCGCAUGCAGCAGCUGUCGACCGGUAUUGUGUUUGGCCACGUGCUGAGCAUGGGCAGCAUCCUGCUUUUUUGCACGCUCUCGUCAAUCGCACAGCCCGUGGCCGCGCCGUGCUACUACCUCGGCCUCCUCAACGCGAUUCUGUUCCCGCACCGAUCCGGGCUGCGCGUCCGGUUUGUGUACGCGACGGCGGGAACGGUCGCCGCCGCCGUGGUGUUUGUCGGUGUCUGCACGGUCGUCGCGCCCACCCAUGUGCACGAGUACGGCGCGUUCGUUGCCAUUGUCCUUGUGCUCGGCAUGCUCACGAGCUACGAAGAGGAGGCGCUUCGUCGGUCGUUCUUUGUCCGUCGGUCGCUCCGGACCCACGAUUUCUUCCAAUGGCAUCGCGCCGUCCGCCGCCUCGUGCCAUUUGUGCGCCGCCGAUUGGCGAGAACGCGAGGCCUGCCGCGGCUUCAGGUGACGCCGCUGACGUCGACCAUCUUGGGUCCGACCAAGAUUCCCACGUGCAAUCUCUUGGCCAAAGCCAGUCGCUGCGGUAUGUACUGGGACAUUUGCCAAGUCGGCGUCGCUGUCGUGCUCUUGGUGGCCGCGACCAGUCAGUAG